AUGGCGCAGAUCAUGGAAUCCAUCGACAACGAGACCACUCCAUAUUCGUCCUUCAUCAAAGUAUCACAGCUAGCAAAGCAUUGUAUUGUAAGUUACGACCUGGAGUCUGAAACAGUAGGAUUGAACGAUCUCUUUGUCCUUUGGGAGAUCCAUCUCACAUCUUUGCUAUUUGCACAAGAGCUUUCGUUAGCCCAGCAGGAGGCAAAGAGGCUAUCGACAGCAUUUGACUCUCUUCUGAAGUCUCAUAGUAUAGAUCAAACUACAAAGAACUUGCUAUUUCCGGAGCAAGUGCCAUUUAGCCUGAAGCUGUUGUUGAUAAGACUUCGAGCAGUGGGACCUUCAAUCACCGUGCUAAACGACAGUUACCUUCUGCUGUGGGAAGUUCGACAGGAAUUCGUAAAGUCCACUGACCUUGAGUACAAAGAGUUUUUGAAGAAACAAAUUACAGCGUUGAGUUACGGCGUGGGUGCUACGCUAAUAGCCAAGAGAGAAUACGCCACCUUUCUAACAAUGGUGGAGGGAAUUGAGCAUAAUGCCAGAAUGAAAUUACUAGCCACUCUUAUUAGUCUGAUGAAGGGAGACUGGGAUCUUGCGGAUGAAUACUUUAAUCAAAUCCUCGAUCACCUGGAGCAAUUCUCCGAGGAACUAUCAACAGUGAUAAAGACGACAAAUCCUGUUCUUGAUUUGAACAAUCCAGACACAGGAAUAGACAAUGAGCUUAAGAUAGAGAAGCUAGACGAUCUUCUAGAAAAGGUAAAAGAUCAAAUGAUCACGGGGAGAAUCGUGUGUUCAUUAUGUGCACUGUUUGAACUGCAAUUGAGAGAAGUUGAUGGGAAAGAUUCGUUUCAAUCGCAAACAAAGGGUGAUAUCAGCAAUAUUAUGAGUAAGCUGUUCACUAUAUGGACUUCAAAGACUAGUAAAUUGUAUACAUUUGAAUAA